AUGAAUAGUUCAAUGAAUCAAUCAUUAUCUAUAUAUGUUGGAAAUUUAUCAUUUAAUACAAUUGAAGAAGAUUUACAAAGAUUUUUUAAUGAACAAUGUGGCAAUGUCAAACGAGUUCGUAUUAUUUAUGAUAAUAAUACACGUCAAAGUCGUGGUUUUGGUUUUGUAUAUUUUAAUACCGUUGAAGCACAUAAUAGUGCACUUCAAAUUCAAGAUUGUCAAUUAGAUGGACGAGAACUACGUAUUGCACCAGCCGAAGCAAAAAAUUCUUCUUCUUCUUUUUCUACUAAUACAAAUACAUCUGCUGAUGUUUCUAGCAAUGUUAUACCUGAAACAACAAAUAAACCAAGGACACAAGUAGUGCAUUGUAGAAAAUCAAAUUAUGAUGUUUAUAUAGGCCGACCGUCAGAUUGGGGUAAUCCAUUUGUUAUCGGUAGAGAUGGUGAUCGAGCAGAUGUUAUUCGAAAAUAUCGUAGUUGGAUAAUGCGUCAACCCGAUUUGUUAGCUAGAGCUAAAAAAGAACUUCGUGGUCGAAGAAUAGCAUGUUGGUGUAAACCAGAAGCAUGUCAUGGUGAUAUUCUUGCUGAAAUAGCUGAUGUAGAUUAA